AUGCCUAAACAUAAUCCUAUAUACACACCAAGGGUAUAGAUAAAUAUUAACAUUAGUUUGAUGAAGUAUUGACUGAAUUGGUUGGUACACUUGGAGAAGCAAAAUGGGCUGAGAUAACUAGAUAAAUGAAAACAAUUUAUGGUUUAUCUAUUCCUCAUAAACCUAUGGUAUAAGCAAGAUGGAGAGCAAUAGAUCCAAAAAUUAAUAGAUAAAUAUUUUCAGCAGAAGAAACAGUUACUCAUUGGCAUAUUUGUGUAAAAUAUAAAUGUCAUUGGGAUGCAGUUAAGGCUGAAUAUGAAGCAAUAGGUUAAAUUAGAGAUAAAUGUUUUUUAAGUUAAAAAUUCUAUGCUCAUUUUUAAUUUAAAUUAGUUGAUUUAAAUAGAAUGAUGGGUAAAAUGGUUGCUUAUAAUCAACCUAAGAUUGAAAAUAUGAGAGAUACUACAAAAAAAAGAAUAUUGGAAAUAAAUGCAAGAGAACCAUAAAGUGUUAAAGAUUAAUCUGCAAGAGAAAUAAUAUAAAGUUGUUAAAUGCUUAUUAAAUUAUUAACUUAUGUUGUAGAUAAUCAUAAAGAAGAUUAUAAAGUAAUAACAGAAGAAUUAAAAAAGAUGAUUACACCAGAAAAGUUUGCUAGAGUUUUAUAAAAUAUAUUUAUUAUUGAUUUAAUUGUAUUAAUAGCUUGUAAUGAAUUAAAACCAUCUGAUGAAACUCCAGAUUUUAUUAAAAUGGAUGAAAGAAAAAAAAUAAAAUAUAAAAAACCAACUAAAGUUAAAAGAUGGGAUGAAGCACUAUUAUUAAGUUCAAGUCCAGAAAAUACAGAAGAUGAAGAUGUAUUAAGAACUGAAUAAGAGAUUAAUAAAGUUACAGGUGGAACUAAUUUUACAAAAGCUGAUAUUGAAGAAAUUAAAUAAAGUCCAAUAUAUUGUGUUUGUAAUACAGAUUAAAAUUAAACAUUUUAUGAUUGGUAUAAUGAAGCUAAAAUUUAGAAAGCAACUUUAAAAACAGAUUUAUUAGUUGAUGUAAUGGAUAUUAUGAAUAAUAAUAAAGAUAAAUAGAAAUCUGAGAAAACAAAACCUGUUUAAAAAAGAACAGCUUUAUUAGCAAAGAAAUAAAUGAAAUUAAUAGAAAAAAAGAAAAAUGAGCUUAUGAAAUAAGAUAAAGAUGAUAAAAUUAAAACUGUGAGAGGAAAAAUAAAAAUUGAUAAAGAAGUAUUCCCAGGAUGUUAUACUAAAUUCUUUGAUAAAGAGGAUGAAGAUGAUUAUGAAGAUAGUCAAGAUAAUCCAAUUUAUUCAGCUAUUGAUGCAGAUCAAAUAUAUUAAAUUAUAAUGUAGCAGAAAUAGGCUCAAGAUAAUUGA